AUGAGUUUCAUGAAUUAAAAUAUUAUUGAUUACAUCAACUCUUUCGGUCAAACCUUGUGUAUUCAACCAAUAAACAAUGAAAUGAUAUCAUUGAGUCAGCUAAAAGCGAAGAAUUUUUUAGUUACGACUGCUUCAAAGCAUUAUAAAGUACCUGAAAUAGAAGAACCUAAACCAAAAAAAAAAUAUUAGAAUUUAGCAAAAAUUCAAUUCAAGUUCCAAAUAGAAGAAGAAGAUUAUCACUCUGUUUUAAAGGAGAUUGUUCAUUUGUAAAAAAAUAAAUCACAUCUAUUGCCUUUACAUUUGCAUUCUAAACCAAGUAAACUUAUAUGUUUUAAAUAAGACCCAUCUUGGCAAGGCUUGUCGAUAGGUAAAUUUACAAACGAAUAGGAUUUCUAAAGACCUAUGACAUUAGAGGAAUGUAGAAAUACAAUAAAAACUUAGAAGAUGAGUAGAGACACUCACAGAGAUUCAAGCCAACCUAUUUUAGAAGAAUUCAAUAAAUAACUUUCUUCCACAAAAAUAAAGGAUAAUUAAACAGCAAAAGUAUUUACUGAUAGAAGUAAGUCAAGUAAGUUACAUAUGGGAUCAACUUUAUAACCUUUUACUAAUUAAACUUAAUAAUUUGAAGUUGUAUUUGACAAUAAUUAACAGAUUUCUCAAGCUAAAAAGAAAAUCACAUAGAAAUAGUUUAAUCUUUACAAAAACAGGAAAAUAGCAACUCCAAACCUUGCUUUAUAAUUCAAAUAAAUAAAAGAAAAGGAAUAAGAAAAGGAAAAAAAGCUUCUAUAAGAUAGAAGGAAAGAAUUUGAUAGAGAAUAUUUCGAAAAAUUACCUUGA